CAUGGAGUUCUUGAAGGUCGACCGGGUAAACCAGUGCGCUCUUCUCUGCGCUUUGUUGGUGGGAACGUUAUAUUUGCUCGUCAACUGGACCCCUUCUGGCGUUCUCUCGCAAAUCCAAGAGCAGCAGCUCCCUCGCUCCAAAUCAAGGGAUAUUCUGGCGGGUGGUUACACGGAUGAGCUCGGGAAAGUCUUGGCCGACGCAUCGGCGGGAAACAACAAGACAGUCAUCAUAACAGUGGUGAACAAAGCUUACAUCGAGGGCGACAAGUCGAUGCUCGAUCUGUUCCUGGACGGGUUUUGGCUUGGCGAGGGGACUCGGCCCUUGAUCCGCCACCUAUUAAUCGUAGCCAUGGACGGUACGUCCUUCGAGAGGUGCAAGUUUCUAGGGCUUCACUGUUACCGACUCAAAACAGAAGUUGAUUUGGAUGGAGAGAAGGUGUACAUGACCCCAGGUUUUCUGACGAUGAUGUGGAGUCGAACCCAGUUCCUUGGGAAUGUGCUCAAACGAGGCUACAGCUUCAUAUUCACGGACACCGAUGUAAUGUGGCUAAGAGAUCCGUUCCCUCGGCUGAACCAAAACCGGAGCUUGGAUCUCCAGAUCAGUGUCGACGGAUUCAACGGUGAUCCCUGGUCCGAGGACAAUUACAUGAACACUGGGUUCUACAUGGUCAGAUCCAACAACCGGAGCAUCGCCCUAUUCGACGAGUGGUAUGCCAGGAGAAAUGCUUCGUCAGGAAUGAAGGAACAAGAUGUGUUGACACAGAUCAAGCAGGAAGGCAUGUUCCGGACGUUGGGAUUCUCUGUCAGGUACUGGGACACUAACUAUUUCAGUGGCUUCUGCAAUGAAAGUAAAGAUGUAAGGGCCGUGAUCACAGUCCAUGCGAAUUGCUGCCGCACAAUCGCAGCCAAAGCCGCUGAUCUCAGCACGGUCCUCCGUGACUGGAAGAGUUUCAUCGGGAGCCCCUCCUCGUCCUCCACCAACGGCACGGCAGCAUUCCAGUGGUCGGCACAUGUCGCAUGUCAGCACUCGUGGCUCUAA